AUACAUUUUCGGCUUCCCACCAUUCUAACGAAAAGGGUAUAUAAGGAGUAGUUACAUGUGAUACCAUCGUCAUUUCCAGCAAAAGCUGUUUCCAAUCAUUUGCCAAUAUAAAGUUAAGCGCAACGCAUCGUAAAAGCUUACUGUUAAAAAGAUUUCGGUUACGGUUGAACGGAACUGGCUAUUGUAUUUUAUCUGAGGAGCGAUUCGGUUGAUUGACAAAGUGGUUAAUUUUGUGAGACAUUUGAUAUGUUGACGAUUUCAUAAGUUUGGUUUUGAUACUUUUUUUGUUUUAAUUCUUUUGUCCCUUUUGUUCUGCCCGUUUGUCGUGUGUAUCGUGGACUAAGGAUUUCAUAACAAAAUACAGCUCAGAAAAGGUGUCAAUUAAAAGUAAAAAUAGAUAUCAACUUGUAGUCUAAAUUAUCAAAGGAGAUACAAAUAAAGAAACGGAAUAUGAAAGGAACUUUUGGACUUUUGUUUGCCGUUAUUUUUAGUGCAAACGCUUGGUCUGCGGUUAGAAAUCCAUUUCAAAUGCUUGAAUCCCAGCCGUCAUAUCAAACGAUAACAGAAUGCAUGCACGUUACAUCCGAGGAAGGUGGCUACACAUACAAAAAGAGUCCGAAACAAAUUUUGCCACAAUUACGAAAGGAUUUUGAUUUGAUUGAAUCGAGUACACCAGAAAUGACGGUCUGUGGACUCUAUGUGGUUACCGAUCCCGACAAAAUCGUUGAAAUAACAAUAAGAUACAUGAAUGUCAACUGUGAAUCGGGCGGCUUGAUGGCCUUUGUUGAUGGUUGGGAACUGAAUGGACAGUACUUUCCUGGUGUAGAAGAUCACGAAUUGAAUUUGGAUAAAAGAAUCAUCGAAUUUUGUAACGACAAUAAACACUGGCCGCUGAAACAAUUUCAUCGAGUCUAUCGAUCCAGUCAAAAUGCAGCACUGUUACAAUAUCGAAUACCAAUUCGUGGACAAUUUGUGGCAACCGUACGAUUCAUUCAUAAUCCAAGUCCUUGCAAUAUAAUGGCGGGCGAAGUAUCACCAAUUUACAACCUCAUAAAUGUGGGUAAAAGAAAUAAUUGCACCUUAACAGCUUUGUAUCCAGCGGUGGUUUCCAUAAAAAAUGUUAAUGUUGGCGGGACGGAACAACAUCUAAGUUAUGAUUGCGAACAAAACAAACAGGAUAGAAUUGUUGUGGGUGGUUCAAAUGGUUUAGAUUCGAGUAACAUGGAAAGAUCCAGUUCGGUGUGUGGUCAUUCGGAGAAAGCAGGACCGGAACAGGGUAUUUUUUGUGGUGUCACAUCAGUUCGUCUUUCCUCCAGUGGAAACUAUGUCAACACAGCAGUUAUUUCAAUUCGGCCAGCCGACGAAAGUGACAUUGCUAUAGCCACAUUGGUGUGUUAAAUCACACAAAGGAAAUUAUUUUAAA